AAUACGAUGAAGAUGAAUCUUCCCACAUAAAGCGAGAAAAACCAUUUGGCGCAAGAGUUGGUUAACCUCAAAGGGGCGUAAAUUGGCCGUGUUGUUGCCAUUGAGAAAAAGAGAGAUUGGCCAAUUGCGUUUGUUCGUUAGAAAAAAGCAUACAUUUUUCUCACACCCUUUUGCUUUUUCUACAUUUCCCUUUCGUAAAUUCGUCUUCUACUACUCACACCUCUCUUUUCUCUCCCACUUUUUCUUCCUCCUCAAUUUCUCCGUUUUUUUUUCUUUUUCUUUGAAGGUUUCGUUUUGCAGGUCGCUUAAUGGAGAAAUCCUCCUCUUCGCUCAAGAAGAAACGUUCUAAGAAAUUAUCAAAGGUCAAGGCAAGCAGUACAAUUAAGAAGAGUAGGAAAAGUAAAUCCAAGAAGGUUCGCCGCCGGGAGGUCUCUCUUUCGAGUUCUGACUAUGAGGAUUCAAAAAAAUUGGACACAUUGGCUUCCUCUAGUUCUGAAGAUAGCUACAGAAGAAAAAGGGAUAGGUCUCGCACAAGAAUAGAAGUGAAAGGUCUUAAGAGGAAGGCUUGGGGACGAUCUUACAGCAGUGACAGCAGUGAGGACUCGCAUUAUGCUAGGAAGAGAAAAAAGGCGAAGAGGCAAAAUGAGCGUGAUCAGGUGAGGAAGAAAUCCUCCCAGAAGAAAAAGAUCAAGAGAGACACGCGUGUUGAUUUGAUGAGGAGCAGCACGUCACGUACCUGCUCAGCAUGUCAGGAUGGGAGUGCUAGCAGUGAUGACUGUCAAUAUAAGAGCCACAGGGGAAGAUCGGAAAGAAAAGAGAAAGACAGAAGAAAGUUGAGAGGAAGCAGUGGAAGUAAGAAGAGUAGUAGAUACAGGGCGAGAAGUUGUUCUCCGUGCAGUAUUGAAAAUAGUUAUGAAGUGACCGAGGAGAAAUAUGCAGGUGAGAACAAUUCCAGAUGGUUACGAUCAGUUAUUACUGUUACAAAAGAGGCGGAAGAAUAUGGGGAAUUGUGUAGAAAUGAAAAUAAGGACGAGAUUGAUGAUGAUCAUGAUUACCCUUGUAGAAGUAGUGACAGUAAUGAUGGGGGCACAAAGACAGAGUUGGAUCAUCAUACACUUGCAUCAGAAGAGAAAUUGGGAAUUGAGGAAGAGGCGGGAGAUAUGAACGCUGAUCUUAACUUCACAGAGCCCAAAUUCAGAGACAGGAGCUACAAUGACAGCAGUAACCUUAAAGCUUAUAGUGGUGAGACAACUGAAUCUAUGAAGGAAACAAGUGAGACUUCUGGUGCUAAUGUGAAUGAUGAUGACCUGGAGUCAAUUCUAAGACAAAGAGCAUUGGAAAAUCUAAGAAAAUUUCGUGAAAUUCAGUCUAGUGCAAAAGCUCCUGAUCAGAAAAAUAAAAUUGUUAGCCAGGUGAAGCAACCAAUUACAGAUAAACAUGAACUGGUUCAAGGUAAGUCUGUUGUCAAUGAUGCAACUGUAGGAAAAAAAUUUGAUAAGCAAACCCCUGGAGAAGAAACUAAUUUGCCUAUUGGGAGGAGAAAUUUAAUUGCUUGUCCAAGAAACAAUGAAAGGAUUUUAAACAUGGAUAAAGAUGUAUCUGGUUCUGCUAAGUGUCAUCCGGUCAAUGCACCAGAGAAGGGGAUUGAUUCAGACAAUCCUAGCAGAACAAUUACUGAAUCCACUAAUUACAACAAUACUAUCAAUUUAGAAUUGAUCAAACAAACACAAAAAUCUCGGGGUGAUUCACUUCAAACAUCUACUUCACACGAAGCCGCCAAUGCGAAGUUACUGGUGACUGAGGGUGAUGUAGAAAGCAAUGCAGCUAAGACUCCUCAUGCUGCAAUCCAGAGUGUUAAUAACAAUGUCGGAGAUGUUGAUGUUUCAUCAGUAAAGAAUAAAACAGGCAAAUUGCUAGAUGAAUCCAACCAGGGCUCCCAGUUUGAGAAGAAAACAAUGAAUGUGAUGCGGGGUGGUGAAAUGGUACAGGUUAGCUACAAGGUCUAUAUCCCUAAUAAAGUCCCUGCUUUGGCUAGAAGGCAACUUAAGCGAUGAUCUUCUAUCUGCUCUUCUGGUGAAGAAAGGGCUUUUUCGACGUUUUGUUCGUCUUUGUUUGACUCUUGAAAAUGGUAGAGACAUGUGCAAGAAAGUACAGAGAUGAAGAGAUUAUUGGUUGAUUCAUCCGUGUGUGAACUCUAAGAACUGCGUCAAUUUCUCUAUUAGCUAUAUUUUAUUUUUAGGUAACAUUGUAUUCGUAGAUUAUUUGAAUGUGGUCUGUCACAAUAAUACUAAUGCAGCCUUUGCAACAUGAAGACGACCUUUAUUAUUUCUUUUUGGUGGAGCAUGAAAGACCUUAUCUAUGUUUGCUCUGUCAGAUGAUAUAUUGUGCGUUUUUAAUCAUUCUAUUUGAAGAAAACAAUCA